AAAUAAUAUAAUAAUGAAAGGAGCACAUAAAUAAUUUGCAAAGACAAUGGAGACAAGUCUUGGUGAAAAUAGAGUAAAAUAAUAGUAAAGGUCAUUGUAAGAAGGACAUUAAGAAAUAAUAAAGAAUUUAAUGUCAACAAUAAUAGGGAAACCAACAAUUGUAGAAGCUUAAAGAGUUUUAAGAGUUUUGGAUUAGCUGAUUUAAAAUUUGGAAUAUUGUCUAUAUUUAGAUACAGAAUUUAUAGGACGUUUUCAAACUGGAAAGUUUUUAAAAGAUGCAAAGUAACCGCUAACUGAAGAAACUAUGAAACUUUUAUAAUCUUAAGCUGAAAUAGAAUAGAAAUAUAGACCUUAUGCAAAUUUAGAUACAGCCUUGAAUUAAGGAGAAGAGAUAGAUGAGACAAAGAAAAUGGAAUCAGAAAGAUUGGAAAAUUUGUUAUAAGAAAAUUUUAAGAAUUUAUUAAGAAGACUUUAACAUUGUCCAAAAGAUUAUGAAAUUAUAAAAGGAAUGAAAACAAACAUAAAUGCAGAAAUGAGUGAUUUAUUACAUUGUGUAAAAUGUAUAAAAAUAGUUAUGUUGAAAAAGUUAAGUACGGCAUAAGAAGAAUAAAAUAGUCAUGUUAAAUAAUUAGAAGAUUUAAAAUCAAAAGUAAUCAUAAUUUUAAAAAUUAUAGAUUGCAGGAUAAGAAAAGACAAAGAGUCAAUUAGAAUAAGAAUUAUAAAAAAUUAGAUAGGAGAGAACAGCAAAUAUGAAUAAAAUGAAGGAAGAAAUAGAAAAAUUAAAAUAAGCAAUUGCAGAAGUUAAAGCUAAUAAAUAGAAGAGAUAAGAUUAAUUAGCAAAAGAAAUAUAAACUAAAUAUGAGGCAUUAGAAAAAGAUCAUAAAACUAAAGAAGAUAAAUUAGCUGCUGAACUUUAGGCUUAAAGAGCACGCUUUAUUAAAAUGAAAGAUGAAAAUACUUAAGAAGAAGCAACUUUAAAGAGACGAAAAUAAGUUUAAGAUUAAUCUUUGUCUGAAGCAAUUUAAAAUUAUGAUUAAAUGAUGGAAGAAUUUAUGAAAAAUUUAACUGAUUUAUAAAGUGAAUGUGCAUCUACUGAAAAAUAAUUGAGAGAUAGAUAGGAAUAUUUCAAAGCAGUUGAUUCAGAGAAAGGUAGAGAGAGAAAAUUAGAAGAAGAAUUUAGAAGAUUAAAAGAAUUACAUUAAAUAGAAUUAGAAAAAAAAUCAGAGGCAGCCAAACAUAUUUAAGCUUUUUUAUAAUAAGUUAAAAGUAUAUAUUAAAUAUUUAUAUAUAUAGAACCAUCAAAAAAACCAAAAAAACCAGCAAAAAAAUGAGC